CACCGUGAAUUCUACUGGAAACGGCGAUGCACAGCAAGGAGCACGCAUGACAACAGAGGUAACGCUGGAACCCACGCCGCUGCUGCAGCUCCAGAAACGGAAGGCGUUUAUGCCUUGUGUCUGGCUGCAUCUGGAGGAGUGCGCGCACUGCGAUCCUCCAAAAAAUCGAUCGAGCCCCGACGCCCAAGCCCAACUACAAUCGUCCGUUUGAACCGUGGCAUCACGCGGCGGCAGGCCAGCCCACCCUCCUCUUUGUCGCCGCCCGCUUCAUUCAUCCCCCCAAGGAGGCCAGAUUCCUUCCAUGGACGCCGCCGUCACCACCCUCUCCGCGCUCGCCGUCUUCGCCAGCACGCUCCACCAAGGGGCCGUGAGGAGCGUGCACGGGUACAGGGUCGUCGGGGUGGGAGGGGGGCGCCUGUGGGACCGGUGGGUGGAGAGGGAGUUCGCCUUCUCCCCCUCCUCCUGCCGCGAGGUCCCGCUCCCCGCCGCCGCGCCGCGGAUACUCCCCGUCGAGUGGCGCGGCCGGCCGGCGUACCGCGAGGGCCAGGUGCUGGGCGCCUGGCGCUGCGUCCUCGCCUUCGAUUCCCUCGUCGCCGCCGCGCUGCCGCCCACGCCUCCCCCGAUGCUCUGCCCCUUCCGGAACCCGGGUCUGGUGUGCGUGCCUUCGCUGUACAGCGACCUGUACAUGGUGUUUCAGUUUCAGAGAUUUCAGCAGGCCCCGCAGCUCGUCCAGCGUGAUUCGGACGAGAAACCGACCCGUUUGGACGCAGAGGAUAAUAAAACUUCUGAUGAGGUUGAGGAGGAGUCAGGGUCUGAUUCUGAUGAGGAUCCCCAGUCUGGUGAAGAACUCUCAGCGCAAGUUGAGAGACGCCGGAGAGCCAAGAAGCAGCACAUAGCUAGCAUCACUCUUGUUGACAUAGCCCCGUACUUCCAUCUUCCAAUCAGGGAAGCAUCCAGGGCUCUGAAGAUCGGAGUCAGCAUACUGAAGAAGAAAUGCAGGCAAUACGGGAUACCCCGCUGGCCUCACAGGAAAAUCAAGUCCCUCGAUUCGCUGAUUAGUGAUCUCGAGUUUGUGAUGGACGACACAGAUGGAGAUGCUGUGCAGAAGGAGACUUGCAAGCAGAGGGAGAAGGAGAAGAAGAAGGAGGAGAAGGAUAAGCAGAACGCGAUCCAAGCGCUGGCUAAGCGGAAGCGGUUGCUGGAGAGCGAGAAGGAGACCAUCCAGCAGAAGCCUGCCCUGGACCUGAUGGCUGAAACCAAGCUGUUCAGGGAGGACGUUUUCAAGAGGAGAUACAGAGCUAAAAGACUGCCCGGUCAAUUGUAGUUUUUCCCGAGGCUAGAGGUUGAUUUGAACUCGUACUGAUGUCAUGUGUAAUCGUAAGUAAACUAGUGCUCAUUCUUUGGACAGCAGGGAUGUCAUUCUUUAAUAUAAGAUAGGAGUAACAUAGUACUAGUACUGUACCAAAGAUGGCCAAGGCUAAUAGCUAUCUACCGCCAUUGUCUCCAACUAUGCUUGGCAUUGGAUUGGUUUUGUUUCGAUAAUCAGUAAUGCUAGAUGA